GCCGAGGGAUUACCAGAGCUUCUUCCGUUGACAGAAAUGAGGCCAUUUCUUAGCGUGAUGCAUGCUAAAGCCCAUACAGCAAAAUGCGAGGUGAGAUGGGGUGGCAGAAGUCAGGAUGGAGCAGGAAACACAGUGGGAGAGGAAGUAGAGCAGGAAGAGUGAACAUGCUCACUCAACAGGCCAUGGGUUGGAACAGAAGGAAGAGGGACAACCUUCAUCAAGUUUUAGCCCACAGAUAUGUCAAAAUCACAGAGAGUGCAAAGGUGGAAGCUGCCAGCUUCAGCGACUUCAAAAAGGAGCACAACCUUGAUCAGGAGACCAUACAGCAGUGGGUGUAUGAUGUCAGGCAAUGGGCGGUCACAGAGAGAGUCUACGCCCCAGGGUGUACUGAAGGACUGAGGGUGGAUAUUGAGAACAUUACCGUCACUCUUUUGCGCAGGAAGCAAGAUCUGUAUCGUCAGCAUGAUAGCAACCAGGCAAGGCAAACAAAGAGGAAGAGAAUGACAGAGCUGAAGAAGAAGCUUCGCGAAAAAGUUGUGCAAUACAACACCGGAGUGCAGGAAGAACAGAUUGACGAGGAGUUGGCUUGCAGUCUGACAGAGGGCUACAUCCUACCAUGGGAGAGGCAUGAACAUGGCAACACCUUCAGGUUGAAGAGGUCUGUCUUUGACCAGGUAAUGCUGAUCAAACGUUUGGAGGAGGAGCAGAGCAUCCUGGUGAAAGAGAUGUCGCAGCACAUCAUGUUCCUUCUGAAGGAAGUGCAAGAAGUGGAAGCACUCAGAGGACAGACUUUGGAGGGCAUCAAAACCAGCAGCAUGUCUGAGAUCUUAAAAUUUGAAUAUUUUCAUCCACUCUUCAACACAUUGCAUGUCUUACAUAAGUAGAACACAUCUGUCACUGUGUCAGGCCGAAGUGAAAUAGUAAAUUACUGAAACUAUUCAUUAUCAAGAUCAUAAUCGAUUAUUUUCUGUCUAUUGACAAAUUGUUAAGCACUAUAUCAAACAUUAAUCAACAUGUCCCUUUUGGCACCCAAUAUAUAGUAACAUCCUUCAGUUUAAGAUGGAUUUACCUAAUUUGGAGUGUUUUUACAUAUGCAGCAUUGUACAAUGCAAAGAGAUUUGCAAUUGUCAUGGUUUGUUUACAUUGAGCCCUUUUGCUGUGUGAUUAUUCCUCUACAGAUUUUGGUGACCUGACAGAGGAUGCUGCACAUGGGCUCAAGAGUGUCCUCAGUCGGAGGUGGCACUUCCUCAAAAGCCAACACAAACAAGGCUGUACAUGCGUACAGUGGUAUAGCCGCUAUGAAAUGCCAUGAUCUUCAAUUACAGCAGGACAUUGAGGAGUCGGAUGACAAUGACUACACUAGCCCUGAGUCUGAGGAAGAAGACCUGUAAAGGUUUCUGCCAAGCAAAACAGAGGCACUGGAGAGCUCUUUCACAAGCGACGUGUCAUGUCCACACGCUGGCGCACGCCAUAAUAAUGACAAAACACAUUUAAAACACACUUAAAGCCAUACAAAAUAAAGACAUUAUAAAACACUAUAUAUGAAACUAUGCACUUGUUUCGCCCGACUGAGUUCAUAGUAAUGUGAAAAUGUGUUUAUAUUUUGUACUUCCGUUUAUUUAAAGCGCUUUGACUUGCUGAUGUGUAUGAAAAUAACUUGCCUUGC